AUGGAAGACGACCCUUUUAGGGACAAUUCACAAACAGUGUUAACUUGCAAUGAUAAAAACUACUUAAAUUCCAUAAUUUCUGGUGAUUUAAAUGAAACUGUAUCAUAUUUUAAUGAUUAUUCGGAAGAGGAAACGGAAUUGUACAUUAACACAUUGCUGAACCGGCUUACAGCACUGGAUAAAGAUAUCUGGUACUCAGUAGAGGUUAUUCAAAGCAACGCCUGCGGAAGCCUGAAUGACCUGCGUGACAUCCUGAAGAGUCUGCCCGAUAGGGACGUGGAAUUUAAAAAACUGGCAGAGCCGCUGAAGAGAGUUGAGAACUUGACGGUGUCAAUCGAGCGCAAGUACGACAAAACGUAUAAGCUCCGCCAACUGAAGAACUUGAAAGCACUGCUGACGAGUAACCAGAAGGUGCUGUCGCUCAUUUAUAACUGGGACGACAACAUUAAGUCGGUGCAGGCGCUGAUCGCCUCAUACCUAUCGCACAAAGAAAGCUUUAACCUGUCGAACAAGGAGUCGUUCACCAGUCAGAGGGCGGACGCCAGAAUGAAGAGGUACCUAAUACUAGGGUCAGACGGGUUCGGCAUGGAGGACCUGGACGAGUUGAAGCAAAUAUUAUCGCAGCUGAAGAGCGACUACGACACGUGCCUGAACAACGUGGUUAACACGAACAUCCCGCAGACGCUGGGAAUAAUAAUGGACAAGUACUACAUCAUCCUCGAGGACUUGACAGUGGACAUAGUGCACUUCGUCCUCCUCUCGUACAACUUCUACAGCCUGGUGAAGCUGGAUCUGGGAUACCAGGAGGAUCAGGGAGAUCAGGGCACUAAGGGAAGAGCAAAGGAAUUUAACGCAGACGUGGCAAUACGGCAGAUUAAACUUGAUAAGGCUGCGGAAGACAAGGUGAAGAGUGCGCUGGAGAGAUACGUGAAGUACUACAUUCUCGAGGACGGAAAUGGAAACAUGAACCUGCUGAACAGGCACCUGAAAAACAAACUGGAGGAGCUGUUCAUGAACCAGCUGAGACUGCUGUGCGCAGAGAAGGGGCUCGACCUGUUUGCACGCAACAAGGAGGAAGUGGACCUGCCGAGUCACCUGGAGGACCUGAGCAGCAUACUCAACUCGUUCUUAAAGUACCUGUUCCUAGUGUUCACGGCCUUCAAGGGCCCAUUCUACUCCAUGGCAGGGCUGUACGUAGAAUAUAACCAAGGCGUCGUGGAAGGAUUUGAGGCAGACGACCGCAGUAAAUUGAGGAGGGAGAGGUCGUUUGGUAAGGAAGGCAGCGAAGUGUCACUAGAGGACCAGCUGGAGGAGAGUUUUAGAAAACUGGUAGUCAACACACUGUCGGCGUGCAUUUUGAACAGCAACGUGUUCUACCUAGUGUCCACGCUGAAGGACGAUGAGGCCUUGCACAGGUGCCUGACUGCAAUAUUCACGACCUUCGAGGACAUAUUUGUCAAAUUCAGGCAGUACUUGAAGUACUUGACGAUAGACUCACACCUGGAGUACAUGAAUUUUAUACCCUUUGACAUACUGGACAAGUAUAUCAGCAUUGUGCACAGCAGGUCUGAGGCUUCGUUGGCAAAGUAUCAGCACAACUACAGCGAGUUCGGCGAGUGCGUCAACGGGUUCAAGCACCUGCUGAAUCAGCUGAACAACUUGCAGGCGGCGAAUGAGUCUGACGCUGGCCGGACUGCCGCAGGUGCUGCCGGCUCUCAAGCUGCCACUGCUGACUCCGACAGUGGCGAGAGGGAUCCGCACACAGUGCUGAAUUGGCUGCACGUAUACUGCGCGUUGAACGCAGCAAAAGUUGAGUUUGAUUUGACAUGUGAUCAGGUGGCAAAGUACGUCACGGGCCACUUCAGCGGCACUACUCCGAAGGUGCAAACGAACCCUAUCAACACUGCGUUUGAAGUCAAGUGCCGCGACUUCAUGCUGGAGCUGCUGGAGCUGCAAAAGGGAAUCGUCGGCAGCGUAGAGUCACUCCUGGCGUCGUUAAACCCGCAGUUUCUCAACACGAUGGACCGGAACGUGCUCAACUGUCUAAAGGAGAAGCACGAUUGGAAGCUGAGCGCGAAGAUGCUGGACCCGUUUCGCGAGGUCGUCUUCGGCCACAGGGAGAGCGCCGAGCUGGUGAAGGAGUUUGAAAUGAACUCACUGCUCUACUCAAUAUCGCAGAACGUGGCCAGGUUCAUAUCAAGGAGCUCGUCGUACCUCCUGCAGUUCUACCACCAGCCAAUACUGUCAAACACCGCGCCGAGUGCUUCAGGCCAUGAAGUUCCACAGACCGAUUCCGAAAAUGUGAACAUGUACGUUGAACUCAUUGGAGAGUACUACAUCAACCUGAUAUCGGCCUACUACGAGCACAGUGAGACUUUUGCGGUUCUUCAGAGGUCAAUGGAGCUGUUCAUCGACUCCGAGUUCGAGACUACAGGAGCAACCUCGAGUAUCUGA